AUGGCAAAGGUCAUGUUCAACCUUCCAGAGUACUUUGCUCUUCAUUCUUAUCUCUCAGCUCUUCUGUGUGGGUCUUUUGUGCUGCUGCCUCGGUCAACACCAUGGUUCGUCGGUCAGCCUACGCAAUCGUCGUCGGCCGAUAGACCAGAAUACCCCUUUCUAACGCCGAUGACUUCUCGACCUCUCGCGACAAUGGUCUGGGAUCUCUUCGGUAUGCUCUUGUGUAUGUCAUGGUGGGGAUCAAGAAUGCGUAGAUGGUGGGCCGCGUCGGUGAAGAAGGUGGAUCAAGUUGAUGACUUUACAGAGCGAAUGGAGAGGAACAAACAGAUGUUACAGUGCUCCUUGUCAAUUCUAGCCACUAGCGUUGUCAUCUACGUUCUCUUGGUUACCCUCGGAGCUCCUAUCGAUAGCCAUCAUUUUCACACCGCUUUACUUGCCAUGCAUCUUUCGAUCCUUACCGUUUGGCCAGUGGUACAAACUUUAGGUGUCCCUUCGAUUUAUGACAGCGGGACUUAUGCUAGGUUUCGUAUGACGCGGCUUCCUGAAACUCCAUUGGAACGAGCAUUGGUAUAUCCUGUUAUUGGAACUCUAGUCGGCGCCUGGGUAGGCGUUGUGCCUAUACCUCUGGACUGGGACCGUCCUUUUCAGAGCUAUCCUCUUACACCUACAGUGGGUUCCAUUCUAGGCUUCAUUGCUGGAGGCUUUGCUUCGUGGGUCCAUUCUGCAUUGCUGGACACGUUUGACGAAGUCAAGCAGCAGCAGCAACAACAAGUGUCACACGCGAGAAUUGUGGAGAAGAGGAAGAACAAAAGGAGCAAACGAACGUGA